GGGAGCUGGAGAUAAAUGUUCCAGUGUGUUCUUCGCUCCAUCACUCUGCGUCUGUCUGCAUCCACAGCAUCUACAAAGGAAGGGGGAACUAAAUAGCCAAGAUGCCUGAGAAAGCACCCGAGAGAAAAUCUAAAAUCUCAGCUUCUCGUAAGCUCAUGCUGAAGAGCUUGAUGGUAGCCAAGGCCAAAGAGGACCUGGAGCAGGAGAUGGUAGAAAAAGAGGAGCAGAAGGCAAAGUACGUGGAGGAAAAGGCUCCUCCAAUACAGACCAGUGGUCUGUCUUUAGCAGAGCUGCGGACAUUAUGUGAAGAGAUGCAUGCCAGAAUAGAUGUGGUGGACGAGGAGCGUUAUGAUAUUGAAGCCAAGGUCUUGCACAACACCAGAGAGAUCAAAGACCUGAACAUCAAGGUAUUGGACUUGAGAGGAAAGUUCAAGAGACCUAACCUGAGAAGGGUGAGGGUCUCUGCUGAUGCCAUCCUGCGCUCCCUACUGGGUUCUAAACACAAGGUCUCUUUGGAUCUGCGAGCUAACCUAAAAUCAGUCAAAAAGGAGGACACAGAAAAGGAGAAGACAGUGGAGAUGAGUGACUGGAGGAAGAAUGUGGAGGCCAUGUCAGGCAUGGAGGGCCGCAAGAAGAUGUUUGAUGCAGCAAAAGGCCAAAACCAGUAAACAGCAACUGGUGAACAAACAGUCAGCUUUCAUCCAUUACCAAACACCAUCACUUGCAUACCAAAGAGUUUUGUGCACAAGGCAUAAGGACUGCUUGGUGACUUCUGGCAUUGGAGAAAUUCAAGUUAUUUAAAUACUCGGUAUCCUCCCACUCUACUUGUGUUUGACCACUGAAAUAAACACCGCAUCUCUAUUCUCAUCAUCCCUGAGUCAUCU